AUGGUCUAUACGGAUAUCUGCCCAAUUUUGAGCGACACUGAAUGGAAAGAUAAUUGUCAACUUCCAGUGAUUCGUAAGGGUGAAACUCCAUCUGAUUGGAUGAAACGAAUUUGGGAUCAGUUGACGAAUUAUAAGAAUAAUAAUCGUUUGACUUAUGAUAAAAAGCGAUAUCUUAUCGCCAGAAAGAUGGAAUAUUUAUGUCCUGAUACUGUAGCUAGGUUUAAUCAAUUGCCUAAUCUUCGGGAAGCUAAUGAAGCAAGAAAGAAACAAGUUACUGAGGAGACUUUUAAGACUUUAGUGCAAUGGCAACCACAUUUUUAG